GAAGGGCCCCGCGCUUUAUGUCCGCUGCUUCUUUCCGUCGUGUGCUCUCGGCUAAGCUUGGCAGAGCCCUCGGCUCGCCCCUGCUUGGAUCUGAUUGGUCCGCCGUCCCCGAGGCUGGCCUUUCAUUGGCCACGGGGCCUGUCACAGGGGAACGGCCGCCGUGGAGUUUGUUCGAGCGCUUGGGGCAGUAGAGGAGCCCACGGGCGGGGGGGAGGAUGCGACGGGCGUUGCCAUAGCAGCGGCGACGACGGCGGCAGCGGUGGGGAAUGGAAAGCAGCUCCGGCCCGGGCAGGGUCGCAGCGGACCGUGGCGGCUGCCGGGGGAGACGGGCGACCCUCGAGCGCAGGGGACUCUGGGGAGACACCCGCGUUCACCAUGAACUUUGAAGGCCUGGACCCAUCAUCACUGGCGGAGUACGCCUCCCCCCUGCACCCCGCCCUGGAGCCUGUGCUGGACCCCCACCUGCCCGCCACCCUGCUGCAGAAUGUGGAGCUGGACCCCGAUGGUGUGGCCCUAGACGGCAUGGCCGUGCCUGAGUCAGUGCACAUCAUGGAGGGUGUCUACUCGGAGCUGCACACGGCCAUGUCCGAAGUGGGCGUCCCUGUCUCAGUUGCCCACUUUGACCUGCAUGAGGAAAUGCUCUGGGUCGGGAACCACGGGGGCCAUGCCACCUCAUUCUUCGGGCCCACGUUGGAGCGAUACUCCUCCUUCCAAGUGCACGGCAGCGACGACGUUCGCCACAUCCAGAGCCUGGAGAAUGGCGUCCUCUUCCUCACCAAGACCAACCUUAAGUACAUGUCCCGAGGUGGCCUCAUCAUUUUCGACUACCUCAUGGAUGAGAGUGAGGACAUGCACAGCCUCCUGCUGACAGACCCCAGCACGCUGUUGGUCGGCGGCCUGCAAAACCAUGUCAUUGAGAUCGAUCUCAACACGGUCCAGGAGACUCAGAAGUACACGGUGGAGGUGCCCGGCAUCACCAUCAUGCGCCAGUCCAAUCGCUUCUUCUUUUGCGGACACACAUCAGGAAAGGUGUCACACGUGGACCCCGCCUUCCUGCGCUUCGUCCCCACUUACACCUCCCGCCUCGCCAUCGUCUCCCAGACUGGCCAGGGCCAGUUCUGUGAACCCACGGGCCUGGCCAACCCAGCCGAUAUCUUCCAUGUCACCACGGUGGGGCAGCUGCUGAUGACAUUUGAUGUGUCGGGCACCAAGCAGGCACUGGCCUUUGGUGACUCAGAGGGCUGUGUUCACCUCUGGGCUGACUCGCCCGAGGCCACAUUCAAUGCUUUCUCCCGGGAGACCGACUUCGCCCUGCCCUGCAUCGUGGACUCCCUGCCCCACCUGGACUGGGGCCAGGACCUCGUACCCCUCUCGCUCAUCCCAGUGCCCCUCACCAGCGAGACCCUGCUGUCCGACUGGCCCGCCGCCAACUCGGUGCCCGCCCCCCGGCGGGCGCCACCCGUGGACCCCGAGAUCCUGCGCACCAUGAAGAAGGUGGGCUUCAUUGGCUAUGCCCCAAACCCCCGCACCAAGCUUCGCAACCAGAUCCCAUACCGGCUCAAGGAGAUGGACAACGAGUUUGACAGCUUCAGCCAAGUGCCUGAGUCUCCCAUUGGCCGUGAGGAGGAGCCACAUCUCUACAUGGUGGCCAAGAAGUACAGGAAGGUCACCAUCAAGUACUCAAAGCUGGGGCUGGAGGACUUCGACUUCAAGCACUACAACAAGACGCUGUUCGCGGGGCUGGAACCCCAUAUCCCCAAUGCCUACUGCAACUGCAUGAUCCAGGUGCUUUACUUCCUGGAGCCUGUGCGCUGUCUGGUGCAGAACCACCUGUGCCAGAAGGAGUUCUGCCUGGGCUGUGAGCUCGGCUUCCUCUUCCACAUGCUGGACCUGUCCCGUGGGGACCCCUGCCAGGGCAGCAACUUCUUGCGCGCCUUCCGCACCAUCCCGGAAGCCUCAGCACUGGGUCUGAUCCUGGCUGACUCAGAUGAAGCCACAGGGAAGGUGAACCUGGGCCGCCUAAUCCAAAGCUGGAACCGCUUCAUCCUCACGCAGCUGCACCAAGAGACCCAGGAGCAGGAGGGGCCACAGGCCUAUCGGGGCGCUGGUGGCAGCAGCUUCGCCUCAGCUGGGGAGUCAGUCAUCGGGCAGCUCUUCAGCUGUGAGAUGGAGAAUUGCAGCAUGUGCCGCUGUGGCAAGGAGACGGUGCGCGUGUCCUCCACCCUGCUCUUCACCCUCUCCUACCCUGACAGUACUGAGAAGUCCAUCAAGGACUACGAGUUUGUCCAGAUCUUGAAGAGGAGCAUCUGCCUGGAGCAGAGCACGCAGGCCUGGUGCGAGAACUGCGAGAAGUACCAGCCCACUGUCCAGACCCGGAACAUCCGGUGCCUGCCUGACGUCCUGGUCAUCAACUGUGAGGUGAACAGCUCCAAGGAGGCUGACUUCUGGAAGGUGCAGGCCGAGUUUGCCUUCCAGAAGGCGCUGAUGAAGCGAGGAGGCCUGGAUGUGCCCAAGGGCAAGGACCUGGUGCUCAGUGACUGGAAGGAGCUAGGCAGUGCCGAGCCCGGGCAGCCCUACCCCUCCAUGGAGGAGCUGAAGAACGUGUGGAUCCCCCACGCCAUCCGCAUGCGGCUGACCAAGAACAAGGAGCUGGAUGUCUGCAACUGGAGUGAGAGUGAUGAGCCAAGUGUGUCGGAUGACCCUGACUCGGUGCAUGUAUACGACCUGAUGGCCACGGUGGUGCACAUCCUGGACUCCCGCACUGGCGGCAGCCUCGUGGGGCACAUCAAGGUUGGGGAGACCUACCACCAGAGGAAGGAGGGCGUCACACAUCAGCAGUGGUACCUCUUCAAUGACUUCCUCAUCGAGCCUGUGGACAAGUGGGAGGCUGUGCAGUUCGACAUGAGCUGGAAAGUGCCAGCUGUGCUAUACUAUGCCCGGCGCAACCUCAACGCCAAGUACAACCUCGCCAUCAAAAACCCGAUCGAGGCCAGUGUACUCCUGGCGGAGGCAUCGCUGGCCCGCAAGCAGCGCAAGUGCCACGCCACCUUUAUCCCGCUCAUGCUCAGUGAGAUGCCCCAGGCUGGCGACCUGGUGGGGCUGGAUGCUGAGUUCGUCACCCUCAACGAGGAGGAGGCUGAGCUGCGCAGUGACGGGACCAAGUCCACCAUUAAGCCCAGCCAGAUGUCAGUGGCACGGAUCACGUGUGUGCGUGGCCAGGGCCCCAACGAGGGUGUCCCCUUCAUCGAUGACUAUAUCUCCACCCAGGAGCAGGUGGUGGAUUACCUGACCCAGUACUCAGGGAUCAAGCCAGGGGACCUGGACGCCAAGAUUUCCUCCAAGCACCUCACCACACUCAAGUCCACCUACCUGAAGCUGCGCUUCCUCAUCGACGUGGGGGUCAAGUUCGUAGGCCACGGGCUGCAGAAGGACUUCCGGGUCAUCAACCUCAUGGUGCCCAAGGACCAGGUGAUUGACACAGUCUACCUGUUCCACAUCCCCAGGAAGAGGAUGAUCUCGCUGCGCUUCCUUGCCUGGUACUUCCUGGACCUGAAGAUCCAGGCGGAGACGCAUGACAGCAUUGAGGACGCGCGCACGGCGCUGCAGCUGUACUGCAAGUACCUAGCACUGAGCCAGGGUGGUGCUGAGCCCGACGAGGUGCGCAAAGUGCUCAAGGGGCUGUAUGAGAAAGGUCGCAAGAUGGACUGGAAGGUGCCCGAGCCUGAUGGCCCGGGCAGCCCCAAACAUGCUGCUGUGUACCCGCCUGUGCUGGCGCUUUGACCUCAGUUGCUAACUGCGCUCUGGCCUCAAGGGCCCAUCCUGCUCCGUGCCCGUGUCUGGACAGGCCGCUGUGGCUGAAGCUUCCUGGGAAUAUCUGACCUUAGCUGCCACCUCCUGCCUGUGGGACCCUCCUGCCCCAUGGGGUACCUGGGGCCGUACACCACCCCUGGUCCUCUGUGCAGCUGCAGGAGCUCGUGGCUGCCUGGGGUUUUUAAUACAUUUGUAUAAAAGGUGGGUCCAGUGGGGGCAGGUACUCGGGACCCACCUUGGCGCAUUGUGUCACGGGCUUGCCCCACAUGUCACCAGCACCCGGUGCCACCAGCUCCAGGGCAACUCAUAAAGCUGCAUUGGCACCAUCAGCA